AUGGUCAGGGUGAGCAAGGAGGUGAUGCCUCAGAACCAGUCAGUCGAAGCCGAGGAGGUUGGUGGUGAUGGCUCCCUGAAGCAUAAGCAUCCCACGCUGGAUCCGACGAAGCCUUUCACUGCUGUGAGUCGCACCCAAGUGGGAAAGCAAGGGGAAGUGGUGCGCCUGCAGAUUCGCGGCUACGAUCGGGGUCAGUAUGAUGGAUGGUGGGUGACGGAGUACACCCGUCACGGGUCGAGGACGAUCCACUGCUUACCCUCUAGUCACUUGAACGCCCUGUCGGGUCCCCUUCCAACGCCGGAGAAGGCAAGGGCGCUUGCCAACUUCCCGAUUCUCCAGCGAUGGGUCGGCGUGCAGUAUCACCCCGAGACGGAGAUCGAGUCCCACUACGGUGAAAUGGCCAUCGCCAGGUGCUAUGACCUCGCCGUGUUUGUGGAUAAGACCCGGGCCUUGGAUAUCGACAUGACUGCAUCGACUCCACUUCCUGUUUCUGCUGCCUUAAAUGAGGGCGAGAAGCAAGCCCCCACCGAAUCCAGUGGAGCUGGCAGUCGCCACAACCGGAGGCUCUUGAUGGAGUACCGGCGGAUUCUCAAAAAUCCCAUCGAGUACAUCGAAGCACGACCGUUGGACACAAAUAUCUUAGAAUGGCAUUUCGUGAUCACUGGAAACCAGGAUCCGUACACAGGUGGCAAAUACCACGGCAUCCUGGAGUUUCCGGAUGACUUUCCCAUGAAGCCUCCGUCGAUAAAGAUGUUGACCCCAAGCGGCCGCUUCGAGAUCAACAAGCGCAUCUGCCUAUCAAUGAGCGACUUCCACAAGGAGUCUUGGAAUCCCAGCUGGACCGUAGAGAAGAUACUCAUUGGCCUUAUGAGCUUCAUGUAUGAGGAGAACUCCGUCUCCAUCGGUUCUAUAUUGGAGCCUAAAGAGGAUCGGCGGAGGUAUGCUGCAGCAUCAGCAUACUUCAACGCACAGAAUGAGAUUUAUGUGCAGCUGUUCCAAACGCCUGACGAAGCAGAGGAGGAGGACAACAUCCGGAAGCUGCGCCGCGUUGCCGAGGGGGAAGUCUCAGAAGCCGAUAAGGCAUGCCGCUAUUGCUUGGUGGAAUCUGGCGAGUUGGUGGCCCCAUGCGAAUGCAAGGGCAGUGGCCAAUGGGUGCACCUGAGCUGUUUGCGACAGUGGCAGAAAUCAGUGCUUCUGACGCAGUCCACGCAUCCGAAGUACCAGACUCGCAUCGACGAAAUCUGCACCUCUGUGGCAUUCCCGGUUGCUUCAGGCUUAGUUUGUGAGAGUUUCCGUCCGGCUUUUGCUGCUGUCUGGUUGGGAUUGAAGAAGACGAAGCAAGAAGAAGAAAAGCUGGGAUGCAAAAGCAAUGAGGGCCGAAACAGCACACAAAAGGAAGGUGAACCUGAAUCUGGCCACGAUGAUGACCUUGUGUGGAAUUGA